AUGUCGUUGCCAAUUAACGGCGUCCUCUGUACGCUGACGGUACUGAUUCUGUGGCGGGCAGAGGAGCUAGUGGAAGCUUGUAGCUGUGCCCCUGUGCACCCGCAACAGGCUUUCUGUAACGCGGACGUAGGUAAGUGAUUGACAGGCUACGCCCUCACGUGCACCAUCUGGGCACCUUCUGUUGUUGUGUCUCUAUUACAGCCUCUGUCAACAGGUCUGGUCCUUUAAGGAAGGUAGUAGUGUGCUUGCCAGUUCUGGCUGUUUUCCCAUAGUCUGCUGGCAGCGGUGGCAGAGUUUGUCACUUCUACAGUCUCUGUCAAGUGUGUCCAGUAGUUCAUUUUGUAGUUUGUGUAUUCAGUUUGUGGUGCGUUCAGGAAUAGGGGGCCACCUCUGGGUCGUUCCACCUCAAAAAGGACAAGAAAGAGGAUUUAGACACCCACCAUCUCAGAUCGUUCUGAAAUCGUUUCUGUUAGAAACGGAUAAGAUAGCAUUCCUGCAACAUUAUUUUGUUGAAAAUAUAAUUUGAUCUCUGAGAUAAUAAGCUAAAUAUAGUACCUAACAUCCGAUUUGGACCAAACGUUUUUCUAACAAUGAGUAAGACAAGGAAUUCCCCAUGUCUUACUCAUUGUUAACAUCCGAUUUGGACCAAACGUUUUUCUAACAAUGAGUAAGACAUGGGGAAUUCCUUGUCUUACUCAUUGUUAGAAAAACGUUUGGUCCAAAUUGGAUGUUAGGUACUAUAUUUAUUGGAUAUGAUAUGAAUCCUAUAAAUUAAAAUGGCCAAUUUGGGUGCAAUCAAAUUAUAUUUAAACAAAAUAAUGUUUCCGGAAUGCUUAUCUUAUCUGUUUCUAACUACAGAAACAAUUUCAGAACAAUCUGAGACAGUGGGUGUCAUGGCUUGCUGAAAUGACAUGGAACGACCCUUCUUUUCCACACUGGUGAGAAUUGGUUGACCAACUUCUAACACAUCAAAUGUAAACAGGAGAUGUGUAAUGGAGGUGGUUGGCUCACAUGAUGAUUAGUAACUUUGUCUGAGAGAUGUGAAGGUUUGCAUUGUUUCUCCACCUGACGAUUCUGCAGACAUGUAGGACGGGGUCGGAUAGUAACGCAGAGGUGACACACAGACACACCAUUGUUUCACCUAGAUUGUCUUUUGAAUGCGUUGGCAAAGAUUGCAGCGGGUUCACGGGAACAUGCCCCUGCAGACUGUGAGAAGGUCAUUUCUGGUGACUUUUUAAAAUAACAUUCUACUCCAAAACUAAUGAAAAUCAAAUGAUGCCAAUACCAGGUAUCUAUAAUCCCCACCAGAAAUGAGCCCAAUAUUGACAAAUUAUUUUAAGGCUCUUUUACCAUAGCCUGUACAUGGCACCAUACAAUAUUAUCAGGCAGGUGUGCUAUUAGCAAUAAGAAAGGUUUUCCUCCAAUUCUACGCAUUUUACCAUGGCUAAUUCUGUGUUCUUAUGUUCAAACAUUAUCACAAAAUCAGUGGGGACCUGAAUCGGGGCCAAUAAUCCAGCUAUGCCAAAAGUACUUGUAAAUUCAUAUUUUAAUUUAAUUGGUUUCAUCGUUUUAGCUUUCUGGGGUGAUUUCAAGUUCUCAAAGAUUGUAUGAUUUAAAAAUAUGUAGGUCAAUCAUCUUGUCUGUAAACUUUGUCUACUUAUACUCAUUUAAGUUUACACUGAAAGCGUUUUUCCAUCCCAAAAAGUUAUAUUAAACAAAGUGUGUGUUAUUUAUAUAUAUAUAUAUAUAUAUAUCACAUACAAAAGUAGUGGAUUCAGCUAUUUCAGCCACACCCGUUGCUGACAGGUGUAUAAAAUCGAGCACACAACCAUGCAAUCUCCAUAGACAAACAUUGGCAGUAGAAUGGCCUUACUGAAGACCUCAGUGACUUUCAACGUGGCACCGUCAUAGGAUGCCACCUUUCCAACAAGUCAGUUAGUCAAAUUUCUGCCCUGCUAGAGCUGCCCCGGUCAACUGUAAGUGCUGUUAUUGUGAAGUGGAAACAUCUAUGAGCAACAACGGCUCAGCCGCGAAGUGGUAGACCACACAAGCUCACAGAAUGGGACCGCAGAGUGCUGCAACACUCACUACCGAGUUCCAAACUGCCUCUGGAAGCAAUGUCAGCACAAAACUGUUCAUCAGGAGCUUCAUGAUGGGUUUCCAUGGCCGAGCAGCCCCACACAAGCCUAAGAUCACCAUGCACAAUGCCAAGCGUCGGCUGGACUCGCCGCCAUUGUAUUCUGGAGCAGUGGAAACGCGUUCUCUGGAGUGAUGUAUCACGCUUCACCAUCUGGUAGUCCAAGGGACGAAUCUGGGUUUGGCGGAUGCCAGGAGAAUGCUACCUGCCCGAAUGCAUUGUGCCAACUGUAAAGUUUGGUGGAGAAAGAAUAAUGACCUGGGGCUGUUUUUCAUGGUUCGGGCUAGGCCCCUUUAGUUCCAGUGAAGGGAAAUCUUAACGCUACAGCAUACAAUGACAUUCUAGACGAUUCUGUGCUUCCAACUUUGUGGCAACAAAGUUGUUUCAGCAUGACAAUGCCCCUGUGCACAAAGCGAGGUCCAUACAAAAAUGUUUUGUCGAGAUCGAUGUGGAAGAACUUGUCUGGCCUGCACAGAGCACCGACCUCAACCCCAUCGAACACCUUUGGGAUGAAUUGGAACGCCUAAUCGCCCAACAUCAGUGCCCAACCUCACUAAUGCUCUUGUGGCUGAAUGGAAGCAAGUCCCCACAGCAAUGUUUCAAAAUCUAGUGGAAAGCCUUCCCAGAAUAGUAGAGGCUGUUAUAGCAGCAAAGGGGGGACCAACUCCAUAUUAAUGCCCAUGAUUUUGGAAUGAGAUGUUCAAAGAGCAGGUGUCCACAUACUCUUGGUAAUGUGUGUGUGUUUGUUUUUGGUGUGGCAGCAACAAUUUAGCAGUGGCGGUGUGCUGCUGCUAAAUUAAUACAGGGGAAACACUGCACAGUCCCCUAUGAGUUUACAGUGCUUUAGCAUCUGCUGUGGGGCUAGGAGUUUCGCCUGGUUUGUGGACGUGGCACAGCAGGAUGAGGAAGACAUAAAGAGAGGGUGAGAGCGAGCAAGGGAGACUAAGAUGGACCAAGCAGGGUAGUAUAAAUUCUGCUUUAGAAUCCCUCUCAGAAUUAGUCUCACACCAGUCCUCCUCUCUCUCUCUCGCUCUUUCUCUCUUUCUGUCCUCCCUUCUUUCCCUCCUUCCUCUGAGGGGUGUAGCUGCAAGGAAUGACAGGAAUGUUUCAGGGGUUUUCCCGCUCCGCACCAAACUAAUGCAGCGGGACAGCUACAGACACUGACACACGCCACUUCAGAGAGACAUCCCACUGGGCAAAAACUGGUUGAAUCAAUGUUUCCACGUAAUUUCAGCAACAGAAAAUCAAUAUGAUGACGUUGAAUCAAUGUGAAAAAGAUUGGAGUUGCAAAAAGUCAUCAAUGUAAUAAGGGAAUUGUCUUUUUUUUCGCGUAACGUUUAACCUACAUCCAAUGACAUGGUGACAUUUGUUGUUAAUGUCAUGUUGAAUUCAAGUUAGUUGACAUCUCAACCAAAUGUACACUGAAUAAAAAUAUAAACUCAACAUGCAACAAUUUUAAAUAAAUUCAUUAGGCCCUAAUAUAUGGAUUUCACAUGACUGGGAAUACAGAUAUGCAUCUGUUCGUCACAGAUACCUUAAAGUCAGGGGUGUGGAUCAGAAAACCAGUCAGUAUCUGGUGUGACCACCAUUUGCCUCAUGCAGCGCCACACAUCUCCUUCUUGAUCUGGCUGUUGAUUGUGGCCUGUGAAAUGUUGUCCCACUCCUCUUCAAUGACUGUGCGAUGUUGCUGGAUAUUGGUGGGAACUGGAACACACUGUUGUACACGUUGAUCCAGCGCAUCCCAAACAUGCUCAAUGGGUGACAUGUCUGGUGAGUAUGCAGGCCAUGGAAGAACUGGGACAUUUUCAGCUUCCAGGAAUUGUGUAUAGAUCCUUGCGACAUUGGGCGUGCAUUAUCAUGCUGAAACAUGAGGUGAUGGCGGUGGAUGAAUGGCACACCAAUGGGCCUCAGGAUUUCGUCAUGGUAUCUCUGUGCAUUCAAAUUGCCAUUGAUAAAAUGCAAUUGUGUUCGUUGUCCGUAGCUUAUGCCUGCCCAUACCAUAACCCCACCAUGGGGCACUCUGUUCACAACGUUGACAUCCGCAAACUGCUCGGCCACAUGACACCAUACACGUUGUCUGCCAUCUGCCCGGUACAGUUGAAACUGGGAUUCAUCCGUGAAGAGCACACUUCUCCAGCAUGCCAGUGGCAUUUGCCCACUGAAGUCAGUUACGAUGCCGAACUGCAGUCAGGUCAAGACCAUGGUGAGGACGACGAGCACGCGGAGGAGCUUCCCUGAGAUGGUUUCUGACAGUUUUAUUUGUCACAUACACGUGUUUAGCAGAUGUUAUUGCGGGUGUAGCAAAAUGCUUGUGCUUCUAGCUCCGACAGUGCAGUAAUAUCUAACAAUUUCACAACAUGUACCAAAUACACACAAAUCUAAGUAAGGAAUGGAAUUUAAGAAUACAUAUUUGGACAAGCAAUGACAGAGCGGCAUGGACUAAGAUACAGUAAAAUAUUAUAGAAUACAGUAUAUAAAUUACAUAUUGGAUGAGUAAUGCAAGAUAUGUAAACAUUAUUAAAGUGACUAGUGUUCAAUUUCUUAAAGUGGCCAGUGAUUUCAAUAGGCAGCAGCAGCCUCUAAUGUGCUAGUGAUGGCUGUUUUUAACAGUCUGAUGACCUUGAGAUGGAAGCGGUUUUUCAUUCUCUCGUUCCCAGCUUUGAUGCACCUGUACUGACCUCGCCUUCUGGAUGAUAGCGGGGUGAACAGGCAGUGGCUCGGGUGGUUGAUGUCCUUGAUGAUCUUUUUGGCCUUCCUGUGACAUCGGGUGCUGUAGGUAUCCGGGUAGUUUGCCCCCAGUAAUGCGUUCGGCAGACCGCACCACCCUCUGGAGUGCCCCGCGGUUGUGGGCGGUGCAGUUGCCAUACCAGGCGGUGAUACAGCCCGACAGGAUGCUCUCAAUUGUGUAUCUGUAAAAGUUUGAGGGUUUUAGGUGCCAAGGCAAAUUUCUUCAGCCUCCUGAGGUUGAAGAGGCUCUGUUGCGCCUUCUUCACCACACUGUCUGCGUGGGUGGACCAUUUCAGUUUGUCAGUGAUGUGUACGCCAAGGAACUUGAAGCUUUCCAACUUCUCCACUGCAGUCCCGUCGAUGUGGAUAGGGGGGUGCACCCUCUGCUGUUUCCUGAAGUCCACGAUCAUCUCCUUUGUUUUGUUGACGUUGAGUGAGAGGUUAUUUUCCUGGCACCACACUCCCAGAGCCCGCACCUCCUCUCUGUAGGCUGUCUCCUCAUUGUUGGUAAUCAAGCCUACUACUGUUGUGUCGUCUGCAAACUUGAUGAUUGAGUUGGAGGCGUGCUUGGCCACGCAGUCAUGGGUGAACAGGGAGUACAGGAGGGGGCUGAGCAUGCACCCUUGUGGGGCCUCAGUGUUGAGGAUCAGCGAAGUGGAGAUGUUGUUUCCUACCUUCACCACCUGGGGGCGGCCCAUCAGGAAGUCCAGGACCCAGUUGCACAGGGCGGGGUUCAGACCCAGGGCCUCGAGCUUAAUGAUGAGCUUGGAGGGUACUAUGGUGUUGAAUGCUGAGCUAUAGUCAAUGAACAGCAUUCUUACAUAGGUAUUCCUCUUGUCCUGAUGGGAUAGGGCAGUGUGCAGUGUGAUGGCGAUUGCAUCGUCUGUGGAUCUAUUGGGGCGGUAAGCAAAUUGAAGUGGGUCUAGGGUGACCGGUAAGGUAGAGGUGAUAUGAUCCUUGACUAGUCUCUCAAAGCACUUCAUGAUGACAGAGGUGAGUGCUACGGGGCGAUAGUCAUUUAGUUUAGUUACCUUUGCUUUCUUGGGUACAGGAACAAUGGUGGCCAUCUUGAAGCAUGUGGGGACAGCAGACUGGGAUAGGGAGAGAUUUAAUAUGUCCGUAAAUACAGUCUAGCGGUUAAGAGUGUUGGGCCACUAACCGAAAAGUCACUGGUUCGAAUCCCUGAGACAACUAGGUGAAAAAUCUGUCGACGUGCCCUUGAGCAAGGCACUUAAACCGAAUUGCUCCUGUAAGUCACUCUGGAUAAGAGUGUCUGCUAAAUGACUAAAAUGUACAGUUGAAACCAGGAUUCAUCCAUGAAGAGCACACGUCUCCAGCAUGACAGUGGCCAUCGACGGUGAGCAUUUGCCAACUGAAGUCACUUACGAUGCCAAACUGCAUUCAGGUCAAGACCCUGGUGAGGACGACAAGCAAGCAGAUGAGCUUCCAUGAGACGAUUUCUGACAAUUUGUGCAGAAAUUCUUCGGUUGUGCAAACUCACAGUUUCAUCAGCCGUCUGGGUGGCUGGGCUCGGAUGAUCCCGCAGGUAAAGAAGCCGGAUGUGGAGGUCCUGGGCUGGCAUGGUUACACGUGGUCUGCGGUUGUGAGGCCGGUUGGACGUACUGCCAAAUUCUCUAAAACGACGUUGGAGAGAAAUGUACAUUAAAUUCUCUGAUAACAUCUCUGGUGGACAUUCCUGCAGUCAGCAUGCCAAUUGUACACUCCCUCAAAACUUGUGGCAUUGUGUUGUGACACAACUGCACAUUUUAGAGUGACCAUGUAUUGUCCCCAGCACAAGGUGCACCUGUGUAAUGAUCAUGCUGUAAAAUCAGCUUCUUGAUAUGCCACACCUGUCAGGUGGAUUACUUAUCUUAGUAAAGGAGAAAUGCUCACUAACAGGGAUGUAAUCAAAUUUGUGGACAGAAUCUGAGAGAAAUAAGCUUUUUGUGAUUAUGGAACAUUUCUUUGAUAUUUUAUUUCAGCUAAUGAAACAUGGGACCAACACUUUACAUGUUGGAUUUAUAUUUUUAUUCAGUGUAAAUCAAAACUAGUCGUUGAAAUUACGUCUGUGCACAGUGGGAUGGGUGCUGUGCACACACAAGACUGCACAGACAUGCAGUACAGUACACACACAGAACAGUACACACACACACACAUGCAUACACUACAAAGAAAUGUGUCGCUCUCUCUCAUGCAUCCAUCUGGCUGUCAGUUUUGGGUACACAAAAGGAACAAAUAUAUAAACGUCAAGGACCUCUCACAAAUAUGUAUGGUAUCCAUGGAAAUGGCACAAACUUUAUCUUUCCCGCUCUCCACCCAUCCUUCUGACCAUCCCCUCUAUGAUCAUCGCUUUCUCAAACCACACACACAAACACUAUUGAUUUACAGGGUGGGAUACUCUAACCUCUGACUUUCAACAGUGUUCGCUCCUCUUCAGAACCCAUCCGUGUCCUGGUCAUUUUGACUAUGCAUACAUAACAUAAAUGCAUACAUACAGUGGGGAAAAAAAGUAUUUAGUCAGCCACCAAUUGUGCAAGUUCUCCCACUUAAAAAGAUGAGAGAGGCCUGUAAUUUUCAUCAUAGGUACACGUCAACUAUGACAGACAAAAUGAGAAAAAAAAAUCCAGAAAAUCACAUUGUAGGAUUUUUAAUGAAUUUAUUUGCAAAUUAUGGUGGAAAAUAAGUAUUUGGUCAAUAACAAAAGUUUCUCAAUACUUUGUUAUAUACCCUUUGUUGGCAAUGACACAGGUCAAAUGUUUUCUGUAACUCUUCACAAGGUUUUCACACACUGUUGCUGGUAUUUUGGCCCAUUCUUUCAUGCAGAUCUCCUCUAGAGCAGUGAUGUUUUGGGGCUGUCGCUGGGCAACACGGACUUUCAACUCCCUCCAAAGAUUUUCUAUGGGGUUGAGAUCUGGAGACUGGCUAGGCCACUCCAGGACCUUGAAAUGCUUCUUACGAAGCCACUCCUUCGUUGCCCGGGCGGUGUAUUUGGGAUCAUUGUCAUGCUGAAAGACCCAGCCACGUUUCAUCUUCAAUGCCCUUGCUGAUGGAAGGAGGUUUUCACUCAAAAUCUCACAAAACAUGGCCCCAUUCAUUCUUUCCUUUACACGGAUCAGUCGUCCUGGUCCCUUUGCAGAAAAACAGCCCCAAAGCAUGAUGUUUCCACCCCCAUGCUUCACAGUAGGUAUGGUGUUCUUUGGAUGGAACUCAGCAUUCUUUGUCCUCCAAACACGACGAGUUGAGUUUUUUUAACCAAAAAGUUAUAUUUUGGUUUCAUCUGACCAUAUGACAUUCUCCCAAUCCUCUUCUGGAUCAUCCAAAUGCACUCUAGCAAACUUCAGACGGGCCUGGACAUGUACUGGCUUAAGCAGGGGGACACGUCUCCCACUACAGGAUUUGAGUCCCUGGCGGCGUAGUGUGUUACUGAUGGUAGGCUUUGUUACUUUGGUCCCAGCUCUCUGCCGGUCAUUCACUAGGUCCCCCCGUGUGGUUCUGGGAUUUUGCUCACCGUUCUUGUGAUCAUUUUGACCCCAAGGGGUGAGAUCUUGCGUGGAGCCCCAGAUCGAGGGAGAUUAUCAGUGGUCUUGUAUGUCUUCCAUUUCCUAAUAAUUGCUCCCACAGUUGAUUUAUUAAAACCAAGCUGCUUACCUAUUGCAGAUUCAGUCUUCCCAGCCUGGUGCAGGUCUACAAUUCUGUUUCUGGUGUCCUUUGACAGCUCUUUGGUCUUGGCCAUAGUGGAGUUUGGAGUGUGACUGUUUGAGGUUGUGGACAGGUGUCUUUUAUACUGAUAACAAGUUCAAACAGGUGCCAUUAAUACAGGUAACGAGUGGAGGACAGAGGAGCCUCUUAAAGAAGAAGUUACAGGUCUGUGAGAGCCAGAAAUCUUGCUUGUUUGUAGGUGACCAAAUACUUAUUUUCCACCAUAAUUUGCAAAUAAAUUCAUUAAAAAUCCUACAAUGUGAUUUUCUGGAUUUUUUUUCCUCAUUUUGUCUGUCAUAGUUGACGUGUACCUAUGAUGAAAAUUACAGGCCUCUCUCAUCUUUUUAAGUGGGAGAACUUGCACAAUUGGUGGCUGACUAAAUACUUUUUUUCCCCACUGUACCUCUUAGUGUAGCAGUCCCACCAAGCUCAUCAAAAUUAGUUAGACUUUGCAGAGAGAGGCCAAGAAUAUGCUUAAGCUCCCAUCCAUACUCCGAGUAAGUAAGAAGAGGGAGAGGAUGGUAUGAUAGGAUGAAGAUGAGAUGUGUGUGUAUAUUGUCUGUGUGGACUACGCCAGUCGACAGCACACUGAGUCUGUAUCUUCUAGUGGAGUGACACUAACAGCUACGUGAUUUAACAUUUCCCCUGGUGUCACACACACACGUCCCUGCUCCCAUGUCUAGCUUGUAGACAAUUUAUUUAUUACGUUUAUUUGGACAGGGACAAUAUACAACAAAAACAUCACUCUGAAGUGAGAACCCACUGUGCACAGAUGUCAGUUCAACUUCUAUUCCACGUUGGUUCAAUGUAAUUUAAUUCAAAUGACGUGGAAACAAUGUUGAUUCAACCAGUGGGAAGUGAUGCAUUGCACCAGAUUUAGCUUACAGCUAAUUUUACAUCUGCAUUCCCCGGAAAAGACAGGGGACUUCCCAGCCUGCUCCAGCAAGUGCUGGGAAUUGGGAGGCCAGGUCACCCCCUAGAACCACCGCUCUGAUGGGGAGAGGGAUGGAGAGUGGUGUGGUGGAUAAGUGAGGGGACGGUUAGGGGAACUCAGCAUGGUUUUCAUGGAAAGACAUUGCUUAGUGCUGGUGAUUUAUACAUGUAUAAGUAAUUCUGCAUAGCUAUGAUUGGGGUGAGAUGUGUGCGUGUUUUAACCUCUUAGCUCUCUCUCUCUGCUACCCUAGAGUUUCUGCUCCCCUCUCAACAUGGGGUGCUCAUAUGACCUAGUUAAGAAGUAGCGGCAGCGGGGGGGGGGGCCUAUUUAGGGAAAACAUCAUUCCUGCGAAAGUCAUUAAACAGGCAGCAGUCCCAAAUCACAGAAUCCCUUAAAAUGUUUUGUCAUUUAGCAGACGCUCUUAUCCAGAGCGACUUACAGGUGGGUUAAGUACCUUGCUCAAGGGCACAUCGACAGAUGCGUCACCUAGUCAGCUCUGGGAUUUGAACCAGCGUCCUUUCGGUUACUGGCCCAAUGCUCUUAACCGGUAGGCUACCUGCCACCCCCACACUUUUUCCCUGGGCUGAGCGUUCUCUCUAGGGCUGGGAAUUGCCAGGGACCUCAUGAUACGAUCUUAUCACGAUACUUAGGUGCCGAUAUGAUAUGUAUUGCUAUUCUCACGAUUCUAUAUGUAUUGCGAUUCAAUACUGUGAUUGUAUUGUGAUUCCAUAGUCCAAACAAAUUGCUCACUGUAUGUCUGCUGCAGAGGGACAAGAGAGCAAUGAGAAAACAACAAGUUUUGAUCAGUCAUGGAAAUAAAAAAAUACUUCAGCCAACUAGCGCAAAAAUAAUAUUGCGAUAUUAUCAAAACGAUACGAUAUCUUGUCAAAAAUAAUAUCCCGAUAUGUAACGGUAUGAAUUUCUAUUUUCUUCCCAAUUGCUAGUUCUCUCUGCCCUGUUAUAUUCCCAGAGUCCUUAGUGCUCAUUAGCCUCUGGGCCUAAAUGAGGUCAGGAAACGAGAAAGGGAAAAACUCCACGGAAUGCAGGAGAGGGAGCCAGCCAGGUACACCGCUGGCACUUGGUGUGUGUGUGUGUUUUGCAUCAGCCUCAGUCAGCUCCCUGUGUAUGAACUUGGGAAGUGGUUACAUGUGCAGAAAAGCAUGCAAAAGACAGAGCAUUGACCCCCCCCCCCCCCCCCAAAUAUUUGUGUCUGUUCCAUGCCAUAAAGAGAACCCAAGGGUUUAGAGCAAUGACAGUCAACCCUGUGGAGUGUGUUUGUGUGUGUUUCUCUCUGGUGAUUGUACGUUCUUGCAUAUUGCUCAUUUUCCAUUUCCUUCCCAUAGCUGAAGCAUGAUGUAGUCUGUGAGGUCUUACACACACACACACACAUACACACGAACUACAGCUCGUUCAUACUUUAUCUGGCCUCUAUCCUUUCUUCAGUGUCACUACAUUGUUCUCUCUCUCGCUCUCUCCCCUUGAUAAUGUGCCUCAAUCACUCCCUUGUUUCUGUCAGUGAAAGCACACAUCCCUCCCUGCCAAUAUGUGCUAACAAAUCAUGAUUUGAUGUGGAAUGGUAGUGGCAGCUAGUUCACAUCCUGAAACAGUCAAAACAAAGUUUUGACUCACCGUAUUUGGGGUUUAUUGAUGUAGGAUCUACAGGCUGCCAUAGUGUGUUUAGGCUGCCUGGGCUCCAUCUGCGGGUGGUUAACGAGCUGUACUGUGGAGGGAGGUAUUCAAACAGAAGCUUUGUUUUGGGUCUGUGUGUGUUCUUGAUGUCCUCUGACCCCAUAUCUCGGUCUCCCUGCAGUGAUCCGAGCGAAGGUGGUGGGGGAGAAGGAGGUGGAUACUGGGAAUGAUAUCUAUGGGAACCCCAUUAAGAGGAUCCAGUAUGAGGUCAAGCAGAUCAAGGUGAGAAUACAUCCAUGACCUCUAACCCCCCCUGACUUGUGGUUGUGUUGUUAGAUAUAAGACCUGUGUUCAUCUAACCCCUUACCUGUGAUUGUGUUGUAGAUGUUUAAGGGUCCUGACCAGGACAUUGAGGCAAUCUUCACUUCGCCAGUCUCCGCUAUGUGUGGCGUUACCUUGGAUACCAGCGGCAAGAAGGAGUACCUCAUCUCCGGUAAGGCUAGUCGUCUGUCUGACCUGACCAGACACUGAUGACAUGGCGUAGUAAUCUCCCUCCACUGUGUGCUAGAAGUAGUCUUAUCCCAGAGCUGUUUGUGUUUUCUUGCCUACUCCUACGGUUAGUGGUGUUACAAUGACCAUAGGAGUUGGCAAGAUGGCACAAACAGAUCUGGGAUCAGGCUAUGCUAGAUGGUGCUGAGUGAGCACAACUGGAGCAGACAGAGUAGAUGUAAAGAGGGACACAGAGGGGCAUUAGAUCAUGCACGCUCUGGUUUCCCUAUACACACACACACACACUCACACACUCAGCCUAAUUACAGGGAACACCAGAACAGGAACUGCUGAGGUUAGCGUUUCCUUCUUCUGGAUCCUUUAGGAUUCCGGACGGACCUCAGUAUGGUGAAAACCAGUUUCUGUCCUUCUAGCAUUUCAACAACUCAUCCCUCUCGUCCCUCCUCACCCCCUCUUCUCCCUUUUCUUAUCGCUGUCUGCCCCGAUCUAAGAGGGGGAAGGAGAGUAAAAGAAAAGCUUCUGUCCGAUUUCAAUUACUCUUAUCACGUUUCAGAACCACAUCUGUUGUUGCUGUUUUAGAGAGAACCUUUCUCUCUCCUUACCCCACCCCCUCUGUCUCCACCCACCUCUCUCUAUCUCUCUCUCCCGCUCCCUCUGUUGCCCCCUGCAGGCAAGGCGGAGGCAGGUGGGAAGAUGCAUGUGACCCUGUGUGAUUACAUCACGCCCUGGGAGCCCAUGAGCCCCACUCAGAAGAAGAGUCUGACGCAGCGCUAUCAGAUGGGCUGUGACUGCAAGGUAGGGAGGGAGGUGGUGGGAAGCAAGAGGAGUGAAGGGCAGGAGAGUGAUGUGGAAAGGGUAGAUGGGUAGGGAAACCAAUCUUAAAGGCCCAGUGCAGUCAAAAUUCUGUUUUCCCUGUGUUUUCUAUCAUAUUGUACAACAGCUGAUGAAACUAACACUGUAAAAGUGUUUUUUUAUAUAUAUAUUUGUAUCAGUUAUUUCCUGAAAAUACAAUCUACAGAGGGCCUUCUAAUCAGCAGGUUUGAAUGGGCGGGAGUUUCAGCUUUACAGUGUAAAUUGGUUAAUAGAUCAAUAACAGAGUUCGAAACCUCUCAGCCAAUAAUAUCAGCUAGUUUUUAGUUUCCCCCUCCCCACUCAGACCUAGCAAAUUUCUUACUUAAGAAAUAGUUUUUUGCUAAAAAGCUAUUUUUGCCCAUUUUAAAAUGGAAAUCUAUUACAGUAAGGUACUUAAUUGUUACCCAGAAAUGAUUUGAUAUUCAUAUAAAAACAUCUGCAUUGGGCCUUUAACCUAUGUGUGUAUCUGUCUCUCUCUGUGUAGAUUGUGCGCUGCCCCUCCCUGCCCUGUGCCAUCUCUGCUCCAGAGGAAUGUCUGUGGACAGACCUGAUGAUAGAGAAGCAGGUGCACGGUCGCCAAGCCAACCACUACACCUGCGUUAAGAGGGCAGACGGCUCCUGUUCCUGGUAUCGCGGUGUGACUCCGCCCAAGAAGGAGUUCCUGGACAUCGAGGACCCCUAG